GCCCGCGGGUCGGCAGCCUCGCUCUGGCUCGCGCCGCGCCCCCGCGCCGAGUCCGCGCGUCAGUCGGUCCCGAGCGCGGCUGCGGGGCGGCGGGCUGCUGGCGGCGGAGGACGCCGGGUCCUGAGGCGGCGGUGUCCGCGGGCGUCGCGUGAGGAGGCUCGGAGCCCGGAGAUUCUCGCAGCGCCAUGGCCCCCAUCGGCCUCAAAGCCGUGGUCGGAGAGAAGAUCAUGCAUGAUGUGAUAAAGAAGGUAAAGAAGAAGGGAGAGUGGAAGGUGCUGGUGGUCGAUCAGCUGAGCAUGAGGAUGCUCUCCUCCUGCUGUAAGAUGACGGACAUCAUGACCGAGGGGAUAACAAUUGUGGAAGACAUCAACAAGCGCAGGGAACCUCUCCCCAGCCUGGAGGCUGUGUAUCUCAUCACUCCGUCUGAGAAGUCUGUCCACUCUCUCAUCAGUGACUUUAAAGACCCACCGACUGCUAAGUACCGGGCUGCCCACGUCUUCUUCACUGACUCUUGUCCAGAUGCCCUGUUUAAUGAGCUGGUGAAAUCACGAGCAGCCAAAGUCAUCAAAACUCUGACGGAAAUCAACAUUGCGUUUCUCCCAUAUGAGUCCCAGGUAUAUUCCUUGGACUCGGCUGACUCUUUCCAAAGCUUCUACAGUCCCCACAAGGCUCAGAUGAAGAAUCCGAUACUGGAGCGCCUGGCAGAGCAGAUCGCAACCCUGUGUGCCACUCUGAAGGAGUACCCAGCUGUGCGGUAUCGGGGGGAAUACAAGGACAAUGCUUUGCUGGCUCAGCUAAUCCAGGACAAGCUCGACGCCUACAAAGCCGAUGACCCAACAAUGGGGGAGGGCCCAGACAAGGCGCGCUCCCAGCUGCUGAUCCUGGACCGUGGUUUCGACCCCAGUUCCCCUGUACUCCACGAGCUGACCUUUCAGGCUAUGAGUUACGAUCUGCUGCCCAUUGAGAAUGAUGUUUACAAGUAUGAGACGAGCGGCAUCGGAGAGGCACGGGUGAAGGAGGUGCUCCUGGACGAGGACGACGACCUCUGGAUAGCCCUGCGCCACAAGCACAUCGCAGAGGUGUCCCAGGAAGUCACCCGUUCUCUGAAAGAUUUUUCUUCUAGCAAGAGAAUGAAUACUGGAGAGAAGACCACCAUGCGCGACCUGUCCCAGAUGCUGAAGAAAAUGCCCCAGUACCAGAAGGAGCUCAGCAAGUACUCCACCCACCUGCACCUUGCCGAGGACUGCAUGAAGCAUUACCAAGGCACCGUGGAUAAACUCUGCCGGGUGGAGCAGGACCUGGCCAUGGGCACAGACGCUGAGGGGGAGAAGAUCAAGGACCCCAUGAGGGCCAUCGUCCCCAUUCUGCUGGACGCGAACGUCAGCACUUACGACAAGAUCCGCAUCAUCCUCCUCUACAUCUUUCUGAAGAAUGGAAUCACUGAGGAAAACCUGAACAAACUGAUCCAGCACGCCCAGAUCCCCCCGGAGGACAGCGAGAUAAUCACCAACAUGGCGCACCUCGGGGUGCCCAUUGUCACAGACUCCACGUUGCGUCGCAGGAGCAAACCAGAGCGGAAGGAGCGCAUCAGUGAGCAGACCUACCAGCUCUCACGAUGGACCCCGAUCAUUAAAGACAUCAUGGAGGACACUAUUGAGGACAAACUCGAUACCAAACACUACCCUUACAUCUCCACCCGCUCCUCUGCGUCCUUCAGCACCACCGCCGUCAGCGCCCGCUACGGGCACUGGCAUAAGAACAAGGCCCCGGGGGAGUACCGCAGUGGUCCCCGCCUCAUUAUUUUCAUCCUCGGGGGCGUGAGCCUGAAUGAGAUGCGUUGUGCUUACGAGGUGACCCAAGCCAGCGGAAAGUGGGAAGUGCUCAUAGGUUCUACUCACAUUCUCACUCCCACCAAAUUUCUCAUGGACCUGAGACACCCCGACUUCAGGGAGUCCUCUAGGGUAUCUUUUGAGGAUCAGGCUCCAACAAUGGAGUGAGAGCCAGAGAAACAAAGUAAAAGCAGCUUAUUACAGAAAAGAAACUCUUCCACUCUGAAGGGUUUUCUUUGAUUCUUCCGUCACUCUUUUUUGUUAUUUUUCCCUUUUCAGUUUAUUAUUUCUUUGAUUUUCUUUCAAUAAGAAAAUGCUUGCAGUUCUUAACACCGAUUGAAAAUGUGUCCGAAGCCACCCUCACACUCCCAGCCACGAGGGCCCCUGGGCUCUGGCUCGCCGGCUCACUCGGCCAGCUGCAGCCCACUGGGUUCCAAACCGAAAGUGAGAACAAUGGCCCUGAAGAGGCCUCCAGAGGGAGCUGCCAGCUGAGGGGCGCCGGCCGCCUGGUGCCCACGCCUGCUGGCCCAGGGGUGGGUUUGUGGGCACCAGGCAGAGAACGCAGAGCGUCCUGGUGUGAUGUGAUGUGGGGACUUGAGAGUGAGGCCAGCAGGAGUUCAAGGGACUGUCGUGUCCAAGAAGGCAGAACUCCAGUGGAGAUAGCCAUGGGGACCUGAUCACAAGGAAGGCUCGGCAGAGAGUGUCAGAAUAGCCUCCAGGGCAGGGGAGGGAGAUGUGUAAAUACCUCUUUCCCAGGACGGGUGCUUAGCCCAGAACGAUUUCUAAGGGGUGAUGGGGCCAUGAGCCACUAAGUACUUGGUGAGCUCCAGCCAUCAGUGCACAGAGCUUAUGUCUCACGUUCCUGUGGGCAAAACAGCACCGAAUAGUCAUUCGCUCUUUUAGUAGGUGCUUUUAUCUUAAUUCUCCUGUGGAUCCUUUCAAGAGUUGAGUAAUCACAGUCCUACACCUGUUGAGGUCUUGGUACGAUCUGAGAGCCUUGGGGUAGAAAACCGGCCUUAACACCAGUGUGUUGUUUUAAAGAGCAUCUUCUCUCCCUCACGUGCCUUUAUCUCAGUUUCCCAGGAACUCGUGGUCUGUUUGGUGGAUGAUCCAGAUUUUAUUCUUGUCCUCGUCCUUCCUCUCUCUUUCCAUCCUUCUUAUGUGCUCGGAAUCUCCUAUAAUGUGUCUAAAUGGCGACUGAUACUGAAGGACGCCACUGAGCUAUGUUAGGCAUUCUGUGAUGAGGCCACGUUUUGUGUCCCUGACUUCAUGUGCUCCACUGACUAUGGCCCUGAAAAUGCCCCCUUGCCCUGGGCUAGAUGUGGCCGGUGAGUCAUGGAGCAUGAGCCACCUGUGAGUAGUGGAAAGACCACGAGCACCUGUGACUGCGGGUCACUCCCCCUUACUGAGCCACAGUCUGUGGAACACAGGAGGCUGGAUCGCAGGGCCCCAAGGCUCCUCCGAGCUCUGACCUGCUGUCACUCAGUAAUUCAGAUCCGUGACUCAGACCUGCGGUCCUGCCCCCUCUCGUGCACUCUGCUGAACCUCGGGGGAGCGUUCUCUCAGGGCUGGGCUAGGGAUACAUCAGAGCAUGCGUGUUUGUAUAAAGGGAAUGCGCUCCAUCCAAGGAGGACUCUCUCUAAAGGUCCACAGGAGGCCACCCGUUUAUCUCCUCCCCUUUCCCUCCCUUGGCCAAGAGAUGGCUCCCCCCGCCCCGGGCAGUGGUGAGGUGAGAAAGAGCCCAGGCUGCCUUCCCCUAGAAAGCAAGGCCAGUGGGUGGUGAGUAGGAGCCAUUGUUGAAAAACAGUCGUUUAGAGCACCUCAGUAGCUUGGAAUCAGACAGCUGGUCCUGUGUGCAGAAGGCAGGUAGGUGGAUGGCAUUCACUGCAAGAUGUGUUUUAAGGCUUCUAGAAGGACAGCUGUUCAGUCGAGGCAGCAGCAAUGGCAGAACACUUGCAGGACUGGAAGACUGACAAACCCGGACCCCAAGGGCUCCUGCUAGGGUUCGCCAGGGAUUCGCUGCUUCGGAAGCAGCCUCCCCGUUGCAGACUGUCAUCCUUAGUUUUACGUCCCAUCAGCAGAGCAGCUCUCGGCUGCCGUGGGAGCAGAGAGAGCGUGAGUGGACUCUGGUUGUAUUCUCGGCUUCUGGAAUGCUUUGUUGGGCAGUGCUGGGUUUUAGAGAGCUCGGUUAAGAAAGAGCGAGGCACAGAGCCCUGAUACCACGGAGGCCGGAAGGCAGGUCACAGUCUGACCUGCCCCAUUCUGUUGUGACUGUUCAGGUGACCAAAGACUGGGCCAGUGCAGGACGUUAGAGAGCCAGGGUUGUCCCCAAUGCCGGUACUUGCGGGAACUUAGCUUUUAAGAGUUUUGCGCUCAGUGCUGAAUGAGGGUGUCCCCAGCAGGCUGGUGCGUGGGCCUCACUCUGUCCUGCUGGCCCCUCUCUCUCCUGGAGCUGAGGCCAGCUCCCAGGGUCUGGGUUAAAGGGAGUGGGCGUGGAUCGCUGAUGUGCACAGAUACCACCAAGGCUCAUCUUAACCCCCACCAAUCCAUCAUCCCCCAUGUCUGAGACGUGAAGUCUUUUGAUCAGAUCUUCACCUCUACACUGUGGGUGGUUUAUGUUAAAGUGCUUGUCCCUUGGGAAUGUCGGAGGCUGUGAGAAGCCGAGGAAAGAGGGCCAGCCGGCCGGAUUAGACUCUUACACAGCACUUACACUUGGGAGAAAGCUUUUGUUUCUUUAUGUUGAAUGUUUGCUUUAUUCCAGCUUGGGGUCAUACAACUUUCAUUUUUCAGGGCCACUCAGAUUUGAAUCCUAAUUCAGAGCCGAGCCCUGGCCCAGCUGCUCUUUAAGCAUUCCCCUGCAUUUCCACUCUGGGGCCUGAGGCCACAGGGUGCCUGGAAUUGAAACCAGUGGCAUGGCCUCUGGGCCUGGCUGUGUCCCCAACCCACUGUGAGCAAGCACGCCACCGCUCUGGGCUUCCUUCCCCUGUCUGUGGGUGCAGGGUGGGCCAGAGCACGUUCUCCAAACCUGGCGGACCACCACGCCCACCGGGGUUGCUCUCAGACGUGCAUGUUCCCUGGCGCCACCCUGGAUGUCCUGAGUCAGGAGGGCUGUUUCAGCCAAACCCAGGAAUGACUGGACCAGCUGGUCUGUAAGGACGCUCCUGAUUUUCAGAUUGUCUCAGUGAGGAAAGCAGGAUUGUGUCCCGGCGGAGCUCGCUGUGUCUGGCCCACAGCCUUGACAGACUUCUGGAUGACGUGGUUUUUGGGGACCACUGUUCAUCUUUCACAAUCUUCCAGUUCUGUAGAAUAAGAGGGACCCUCAGAGCCAUAGGACCUCCUUCCUGUUCUGGAAGGUCCAUACAGUCAGCCACCUAUGGGUUCAAAAUGAGAAUGUUUGCAAAAUGUGGAUUACAAACUCACCCAGCCCAAUUUGCAGUGUUUGUGGUGGUGAAAAGCUUGACCAGGUGUUAAAACAUGCAGAUGAUUGGGUGGCAAGAAGUGGCUCUGGGGGGGCAGAGGGGGUUGGUUUGCAAUAACUCCAGCUGGUCUGGGUCCUUUAAAGAGACCAGGCAAGUUAGGGCCCAGGACUGUGCCUGUCAGGGAGAGCCCCGGAGGCCUCUCUGGUUGUCCCACACUCUUGGUCCUGGAAGUUUUGUUCUUUCAGCUGAAGACUGGGAACACCAGAUGGUCAAUAAUAAGAUAAUAUUGGAAAGUUCUAGAGCGUGGAUUCCUUAACCUCUUUUUGGCCUCCCCCAAAUCCUGAAUGUAAGCAAGGAUAGGGAGCACUUUGGGGUGGGCAUCUGAUCAGAGGCCCCUUUUGACUUUUCCUCUAGUUCGAGCCGGCCUUCUUUUUUCCUGGAACUCAGUGGAUGGGGGAGGGGGAGACUGUUAGCAAAAGUUUCUCUAGCACGUGCCCUGUUCUCACCUUUACCUGGAAGCGGCAGUCCUCGCACGGAGGACCCACAGCUGCCUGUCAGGGUGUAGACACACGGGCUGCGCCGAGUUGAGAUUUGGAAGGCCCUCAUUUUGGCAAUGGUUCACUGUUCAGAGUUUGAUAACCUUUAUUCCUGUCUCCUCAUUUGUGGAGCAGCCUUUGACCUCUCUUAGGACUAACGGAAGAUUGGUAAGGUCACGGAAAUGAGUGUACUUUGGAGGAAAAGGUCACCAUAGCAACGCCCAGGGACAUAGUGCUGAAACCUGUCACAUUUGCUGAAGGGGCCUCAGGUCUGCAGAAUAACGAGUCAGCUUCAGAGCGCAGGGCUGGGCAGGUUGCCCGCAUAGGACAUCACCCUAGGCACCUCCAGGAAGGAGCCAGGCUUCCUCAGCAGAGCAGUGACCUGGUGGCUGGGGCUUGAACUGCAGAGCACCGGCUGUUGGAAGAAGCCCCUCAAAGUAGAGAGGGCUGUACGAGUUUCCCGCUGGUCUGGACUGGCUAGGAAGCUUCAAAGCCUGCAGUUCGAGCAGUCACGGGUCAGCUGAGCAAGUAGCCGUCAAAGGCCUAGGGACCCCGGUAUUUGGAAUCACUCCCCACAAGCUGGCCAAAGCCUCCUUUGCCUGCCCUCUGGGUGGGACUCUAGCAUCCUGCGGUUUCUGCUCCCCUCCUCCCAGGAAGGCCCGUCCCUUGCCCGCAUCUCCCGGGAGGCACAUUUUCAAGUUCGGAUCUCUUUUGUUCAGUUUCUCCCACCAGGAUCUCUUUCUUUGAAGCCCACUGCUGCAUGCGUGCAGGCCUCAUGCUCACACGCCAGUCACUUCUGUUCUGUUUGAGUAAGUCCAUGUCCAAACCACACGAUCCAUGCAUCUUUUUUUACUGCACUUAUUAGAUCUCUCUCCGUAUGAAAAAGGACUUCAUUUACUUUUAUUUUUUAUUUUUUUAUUUUUGCAGUAGAAGUAUUUCUAAUUCCAUUAGCUUAAAGUUUUGCAAGCAUUUCCAAUCUCUUACAAUACGCGGUCUUUGCAAGGUAAGGCCUCAGGUACCCGGCCCUUUCCCUUUCACACCUGAGGUCCCACCCACCACGGCAGGACCAACCAGCUGGCUACCGAG